CUGGCCACAGAACUCACGCCAUACUAACGUUGACUCUACCACAGCUGUAUUGCCGCAUCAGGUCUCAACAUAACAAACAUAACCCGAAGGCUUGCGCACCUUUGAACCAGAGACCCUCUAUUCAUGCCACAGUUGACUGUGGGCGAGCGUGAUGACUCCGGUCGCUUGGUGGCUUCAUACACUAUUGCCGGCUCCCUGGCAAAGAAAGAAUCAUCGUCUUCCGAAACCGUUGGCGUACGACUUAGGCGAAGAAGCUGGAGACAUGUCCUCAGUACCGUCUUCCUUCCUGCAGGCUAUCCUGCUACCGUAUCACCUGGUAAACAGUAUUCAAUAUACAACGCCUUACAAGCCUUCUGUAGUUCUCUCGCCGGUCUGAUUGCAUCCCGUGCCGUUCUACAAGGACAUGGGGUCGGCAAAGCAGACGCUUCUGCAACUCAUGCCAUCCUGCUCACAGUAAUCCAAGACGUGUUCAGCCGUCUGACAACGAUUGUCGCCGGGUAUCACCUUGGUACCUCCCUUUUCCCCGAAGCGAAGACCUACCGUCUUGCGGCGGACAUAUUCAACGAUGCAUCCAUCAUCUUUGACACUAUAUCACCACAUCUCGGCUUCCUGGAAUUGACAUUCACCUAUCCAUUCGUGCGAUACGGUACAGGAUCGUCUCUGCGAAUCGCAUCGCUUUGUAUGAGCGGCGCGUUUCGUGCGAUGUGCGGAGUCGUCGCUGGUGGCUCGAAGACCGCGCUGACCGUGCACUUCGCGACGUCCGGUCGGAUUUCUGGAGACGUGGGUGAUCUGAACGCAAAGGACGGAAGCAAGGAGACCGUCCUUGCGCUGUUAGGAAUGCUGGGAGGCACGCUCGUAAUGCACUACGUCCACGACACGGCGUCCACGUACAUCGUGUUGUUCACGCUUCUCUUUCUUCACAUCUGGGCGAAUUAUCGUGCGGUCAGAGUCGUGACUCUCCGCACUCUCAAUCGACAGAGGGCCAACAUCAUGUGGACAGCAUACCGGCCGAAGACCUCUGGGAACAUCGCUGAUCAAAGUGGCAAGCCGAGGAUCCUCACGCCGGGGGCUGUGUCUGCCCUCGAGUACAUCUUCGUCAACCCGGCCGCCCUGCAUGAUCUGUCCGCACGUUCGACACCGUUACUAGGCCAUUGCGACAUCGGGUCCUCCUUUUCGGCGAUCACCUCCAGCGCAUCAGCCAUUCUUGCUGCGGACACAUUGAGGCCGGGCCACAACGGUCUACGCGCCCCUGACGCCUCGCAGAUCGAAGCGAUCCUUGAAUUCUUCCAGGACGAGAAGUACAUCCUCUGGUUCGACCCACAUGCCCGCGGCGCCUGCCGUAUGCACGUAUGCCUCAAGGAAGGCCACAAGCCUGCGGACCACCUCAAGGCCUGGGCGCACGCGCAAGAGGUCGGGCGGAUCUUAGACGGCCGGGCACCGGGCAGCUUCGACACUGGUGGAGAGUCCUUCUCCGCCUUUCUCGAGGGCGUCCUCGCAGCGGGCUGGAAGGUCGACGAAGGAGGCAUGGUCGCGGGCUCGCCGCGCGUACUUUCCGUGGGCAACGGCGAGACAGGUCUAGGAGAUGAGAUAGAUGAAGACCGCAAGAACGUAUAGACCCAUAGAGCGAUGUACAUAGGGACCAGGGUGGAUGGUGAUUAGAGCGGCGCACGCCCUGACCUAUGUUUCGCCUGCGGUGAUCUGCGCGUUCAGUAAGGACAGGUAGGUAGGCCUCGUCUGUGUCUCACCGCUCGGCCAGAGCACCUGAGACUGUAUGAGGACAAAGCCUCUCAAAAGCCUCUUGUCGUUCUGACUCCUGAGGC